ACAAACAAGCAGCGCCACUCAGACGAGUACUUAUAGAUGUUCAGAGUAAUUUCCCUUGUUUUAUAAACCUCAUUUGUACUGUAGCUACUGUUGCGAUUACAAUAUACAUGUACGUAACAAAUAAAACAACAGAAUGAUUCUGCAAUAUGCUGUGUUGGUAUGUUUAAUAUGCUGUACAUGGGGAUACCAUAAUGAUAGGCCAAUAAUAGGUGUUUUAGCCCAAGAGACUGAUUCGGAGUCGAAACAUUAUGGAGAUACCUUUAUUCCAGCAGCUUAUUUCAAAUAUGUGGAAAUGGGAGGAGCCAGAGCUGUUCCUAUAUUUGUGAAGAAAGGACAGGCUUAUUAUGAUCACAUAUUCAGUUCAAUCAAUGGAGUUUUGUUUCCUGGUGGAGGUGUCAACAUAUUGACUUCAGAAUAUGCUAAAGCAGCACAGAUUCUCUAUAGAUCAGCUAUCAAGGCCAAUCAAAAUGGUGACUAUUUUCCUUUAUGGGGAACAUGUCUGGGAUUCCAGCUGUUAACAGCAUUGGCUACAGGGAAGGAUUUAAUGACUGAGUUUGAUGCUGAAAACUUGAUGCUGCCUCUCAACUUUUCUGAUGGUUACAAAGACAGCAGACUAUAUGGAAACCUUCCAGACGAUGUUUUUCAUUACCUUUCAAAAGAAAAUGUGACUACAAACUACCAUCACUAUGGUAUCACACCCACUGAUUUUCAGUUUUCAGUAGAUUUAACAAAAUAUUUUAGAAUUUUGUCUACAAAUGUUGAUAGAAAUGGCAAGGAGUUUGUUUCAACAAUUGAAGGAAUUAACUACCCAAUUUAUGGUACACAGUGGCAUCCAGAGAAACCUAACUUUAUAUGGAAUAUACAGGAUAACAUUAACCAUGGUCCUGAUGCAAUAAGAGUGGCACAAUAUGCUGCUAACUUUCUUGUAGGCGAAGCAAGGAAGAAUGGACACAGAUUUGAUACAAUACAGGAAGAAAUAGAUGCUCUAAUAGAGAAUUAUUCACCUGUUUAUCACAGAGACUCUACGUUUGCGGAUCGCUACUAUUUUAACUAUACAUCUCUAUAAACAUUUUCUUGAUUCUGCUUCCACACAGCAAGUUAUGCAACAUUCCUGAAAUCUCCUUAAUAUAACUGUAUUUUAUUUUACUGGA